AUGUCUGCCGCCACUGUUUUCGACUCGACGCUCUUCGGUAACAUUUUCGGUACCGAGGAGGUUCGUCAGACCUUCUCUGAGCGGUCAUACGUCGCCAACCUAAUCAAAGCUGAAUGCGCUCUCGCCGAGGCAGAAGAGGUUGAGAAAAUUGUGCCCGUCGGCACUGCUGCCAUUCUCAGGGAGCACUGCAAUGUCUCCAAGAUUGACUGGCAGCUUCUUGCAGCCCGAACUGAGAUUGUUGGAUACCCAGUUCUGCCACUAGUCGAGCAGAUGUCGAAAUGGGUACCUGAGGAGACCUCCGGGUAUAUCCAUUGGGGUGCUACUACACAGGACAUCAUGGACCUUGCGUCUGUUCUACAAAUGAAGGACGGUCUUGAAAUCGUUGAAGGUCUCCUUCACAAAGUUGCUUCUACUCUUGAAAAACUGUCUGCCGCCUACAGAGAUGUACCCAUGGCUGGAAGAACACACUUGCAGCACGCACUUCCCAUUACCUUCGGUUACAAGUGUGCCGUAUGGUUGUCUGGCUUCCGCCGACAUGCCAAACGUCUCCAACAAAUCAAGGAGAGUUGCUUGCUCGUGCAGUUUGGCGGCGCCGCAGGAACUUUGGCGUCGCUGGGGACGUCGGAUAGUGGCAUCCGUGUCCGUAAGCGUCUUGCAACAAUUCUCGGCCUUGAGGAUCCAGUUAUUACUUGGCAUGUAGCGCGCGAUACUGUUGCGGAAAUCAUAAACUAUCUUGCCUUGGUCGGUGGAAGCUUGGGCAAGAUUGCUCUGGACUUGAUUAUCAUGUCGUCCAAUGAACUGAACGAGGUUGCCGAACCUUACGUUCCUCAUCGUGGAGCCUCUUCUACGAUGCCCCAGAAGCGUAACCCCAUCUCUAGCGAGGUCAUCCUUGCGCAAUCCAAGAUUCUUCGAGCCCAAGCCAGUCUAGUACUGGAUGGUAUGGUCUCUGACUUCGAGAGAGCAUCUGGCCCCUGGCAUCUUGAGUGGGCUGCGAUCCCCACCGCUUUCAUUUCCAUUGUCGGGUCUCUUUAUCAAGCCGAGUUCGCUCUCUCUGGUCUACAAGUAAACAAAGACACCAUGUUGGCAAAUCUUAAGUCCACUAAAGGGUUGAUCGUUGCCGAGGCUGUGAUGAUGGAGCUGGCCAAGUAUACUGGUCGACAAGAAGCCCACGAGAUUGUAUACAAAGCAUGCGUUCAAGCGCAUGAGGAAAGCAUCUCGCUCCAAGACGCUCUGGAGAAAUCAAACCAGGUCACAACUCACCUAGCAUCAACGGAGCUUUCUAAGCUAUGCGAUCCUACCAAGUACUUGGGAUGUUGCCAACUGAUGGUGGAUGAGUUGUUGGAACAAAAGACGAUCGACACAAAGGCGAACAAAAGCACUGCAAAUGGCAUCGGAACCGUGGACGGAAACUCUGUUGUAAAUGGUAUUUCAAGUAGUUAG